AUGGGUCUACCUGUGGACAAUCUCAACAAAGACAAUGAAGAAGAUGUCUGCAAAUAUGAAGAGCAGGGAGAGGCCUCAGUGAACAACAGUCAAACUGAAACAUGCACUGUCCCCUCUCUGCUGGUCACCAAGAAGAGGAAGAAGAACAGGAAGAGGUAUUUUACUACUUUAUGUCUACUUCGGCGUGCAGCUCGAAAGUACGGCCUUAGAGAGGCAGCAGAGGGCGAGGACUGGACUCUGUUUUGGACCGACUGCUCUGUGUCUUUGGAUAGAGUGAAGGAUAUGAAACGUUAUCAGAAAAUCAACCAUUUCCCCGGAAUGAGCGAAAUCUGCCGCAAAGACCUUUUAGCAAGAAACCUGAACCGAAUGCUGAAACUGUUUCCCAAAGACUACAAUAUCUUUCCCAGAACGUGGUGCCUUCCUGCCGAUUUCAGUGACUUCCAAGCUUUCACCAGGGCCAAAAAGAACAAGACAUACAUUUGUAAGCCGGACACUGGGUGCCAAGGCAAAGGCAUCUUCCUCACCAAAGCAACUAAAGAAAUACAUAUAUUCAUGUUUCAAGAGGGUCUGGCUCGAUUCUGUACGACCAAAUACAACGAGCCGACUUCUAAUAACGUGGAAGAUGUGUGUAUGCAUCUAACAAACUACUCCAUCAACAAACACAGUGAGAACUUUGUACGGGAUGAGGACACGGGCAGUAAAAGAAAGUUAUCCACCUUUAACAGGCAUCUCCUGGCCAUGAACUGUAACACAGAGAAAAUGUGGAACGACAUUGAAGACGUAAUAAUCAAAGUCCUGAUCUCAGCUCAUCCGAUCCUCAAGCACAACUACCACACCUGCUUCCCCAACCACACCAACGGCAGCGCCUGCUUCGAGAUCUUGGGCUUUGACGUCCUGCUCGAUCACAGGCUCAGGCCCUGGCUUCUGGAGGUAAAUCACUCCCCCAGCUUCACCACAGACUCACAGCUGGACCGCGAAGUGAAGGAUGCCUUGCUUUAUGACACCCUGGACCUCAUCAACCUGGGCGCGUGUGACCGGCGUAAGAUCACAAAGGAGGAGAGACGGCGGGUGAAGGACAGGCUACAGCAGAACCGCUCCAGAGAGGCCAGGUCAGAGGAGCUGCGUCAGUGCCAAGCCGCCUCCGUGGAGCAGAUGGAGAGGUACGAGGCCAAACACAUGGGAGGUUUCAAGAGGAUCUACCCCCGAGAAGGAGCGGAGAAAUAUGACAAGUACUUCAAACACAGCAGCUCGCUCUUUCAGGAAACCGCCGCGUCCAAGGCCAGAGAGGAGUGUGCCAGGCAGCAGUUGCAGGAGCUCCGUCUGAAGCAGGAGCAGGAGAGGGAUCUGAAGGCGGGUCGGAGGAAGGACUUACAGGGGGAGACUGCAGGGGAGAUGGUCCGGCCCAGGAGGCGUCAAAGCAUGGUCCAGACCGCAGCAGACCCUGAGCCCCUUGUGGAAAACCCAGGACUUUGUGAACUGAUGGGCCCGGUGGGUGAGAAGGGAGAGGGGGGAGAAGAGGAGGAGGAGGAGGAGCGGGUCCGGGGGCUCCUGGAGAGGAAGAGGCUGCUCCAGGAGCUCGGGGUGAUCGACCAAAUCCAACACAUGCUCCAGAAGCAGCACACAGAGACCACCCCCCAGGCCCGACCAGCCCCCCCACAGCAGCCCAAGUCCCACAUGUCGCAGCCGCGGUUACUGCUGUCCACUGUAGAAAAGAGGACCCUGAAUGCAGUGAGUUUUGAGUCUGAGACCAGAGCGGGGCCCGAGACCCCCCAUCCCCAGAGGCUCCUCUGCCCCAUGGGCAGCUCCUCUGUGUGUCGUCAGGACAUUACCAGCAGCAGGUUCAGUCGUGCUCGGGCCAGUAUCCCGCUCAUAAACCCCGUACCCAAAACCCGGAGUCGGUGUCCUUACAUGAGCCAGGACACUGAGGCCCUGCAGAGCCUGUUAGUCAUCUCCUCCCGGGCCCCCAUGCUCCGCAGGCCUGGCUUCUCUCAAACCCUGACGCAGCCCUCACAGCGAGCAGCCGUCCACAGAAGAGGGCUACAACCAGACACAUGA